GGGGGGUAAGUAAGGAGGUGCCCAUACCAUGGCUCGUACAAAGCAGACUACCCGCAAAUCCCCCGGUGGUAAAGCACCCAAGAAACAACUGGCUACUAAAGCCGCUCGCAAGAGUGCGCCCUCUAGUGGAGGGGUGAAGAAACCUCAUCAUCACAGGCCUGGUACUGUGGCACUCCGUGAAAUCAGACGUUAUCAGAAGUCCACUGAACUUCUGAUUCGCAAACUGCCCUUCCAGCGUCUGGUGCGAGAAAUUGCUCAGGACUUCAAAACAGAUCUGCGCUUCCAGAGUGCAGCUAUUGGUGCUUUGCAGGAGGCAAGUGAGGCCUAUCUGGUUGGCCUUUUUGAAGAUACCAACCUGUGUGCUAUCUAUGCCAAACGUGUAACAAUUAUGCCAAAAGAUAUCCAGCUAGCUCGCCGCAUACAUGGAGAACAUGCUUAA